ACUGAGUGGCCUCUGGGUCCAGUGCAGGGUUCAGCCAGGGUUGGCUUCAGUUGACAGUGGGAGGAAUUCAUUUGACCGAAAUAUUCUCUUCUCUUCUGGGCUGUUGGUUUUUCAAGCGCAACAAAGAUUCAAUACAGCUCUGAGGAAGGAGCCAAGAAAAACAUUCCAUGCCAAAGUGAGACCCCGGAAGUGACACCCCGGAACAAAGCUGAAAACCGGGCUCCAGUUGGGUGCCAGCAAGCUCUGGACUGGAAUGUGGCUUCCGGCAGCGUGCAGGUGCUCGUGGGUCACCUGCUUUGUGGUCCAGCCUCCGCCCUGCCCCAGGUGACCACAUGAUCACUGUGGACUUUGCCUUGAAACCUUUUUGGAGGAAAAUAAGCCUGACCUUGGGGCUGGCGGCCAGUGGGCACUGCCCUGGUCCAAGGCUGCUGCUCUUGACCUCUGCUCUGCGGCUGUUUUCCAUUGGAGCAGAGGCUCCUCCUGUCCCGCCCGUGGAGGGAAGCAAACCUCCCACUGGGCCAGAGCAAGGAGAAAGGGAAGACAGGUGGCACCUCUGUGGACUGGUGAUGACAGGCUCUUCAGCUCCGUACAAGUGACCGAACCUGGGGAACAGGGCAUGGCACAGGCACACAGGAGCCCCCAGCCCAGCGCUGCCCCCAGCCAGCCCCGUGUGUUCAAGCUGGUUCUCCUGGGAAGUGGCUCCGUGGGCAAGUCCAGCUUGGCUCUCCGGUACGUGAAGAAUGACUUCAAGAGUCUCCUGCCUACGGUGGGCUGUGCGUUCUUCACAAAGGUGGUGGAUUUGGGCACCUCCUCUCUGAAGCUUGAGAUCUGGGACACAGCUGGCCAGGAGAAGUACCACAGUGUCUGCCACCUCUACUUCAGGGGCGCCAAUGCUGCGCUUCUGGUGUAUGACAUCACCAGGAAGGAUUCCUUCCACAAGGCUCAGCAGUGGCUGAAGGACCUGGAGAAGGAGCUGCAGCCGGGAGAAGUCCUGGUGAUGCUGGUCGGCAACAAGACGGACCUCAGUGAGGAGCGGGAGGUGACCUUCGAGGAAGGGAAGGAGUUUGCCGACAGCCAGAAGUUGCUGUUCAUGGAAACUUCGGCCAAACUGAACCAUCAGGUGUUGGAGGUGUUCAGUGCCGUGGCCCGAGAGCUACUGCAGAGAGACAACAGGGAGGGCCAGGCUCCACGGGGGGACGCAGCCGUGGCUCUGAAUGAGAGGCCAGCGCGGCAGGCCAAAUGCUGUGCACAAUAGGUGCAGCCACCCCUGGGGGCUGUGGGAAGACGCCCCCAGCCCGGGCCAUGGCCACCUCUGCGUAGUUCUGAUUCACUGUCAAUGCUGGGUUGCUCCCGAGCCAUAGAGGUUCCUGGAAGUUUGCCCCCUUUAUAAAAACCACUUCCCACAGCCAGUGGGAACCGUUCCGCCAGGAGAGGAGCUGGCGUCGCAUGACUCCCAGAGGGUGCUGUGUCCCAUCCCCACCCACACCAUCUGAUUUCCGGAUGCCUCUGCCAGCCCUGCCUGGAUGGUGGCCCCUCAGCCAGGCGGCCUCUGGACACAGAGGAAGCAAGGAUUGGAAAAGUCCCUGGAGCACGGCGAUGGUGGAAAGAUGCCUCUCGCCUGAUCUGGGUGGGGCGCUGGCCCGGAGCCCGGGCUCACCUGCUGCUGGGGGUUUGGGGAGUGGGCCCAGAUGGAGGUGGCGGUGCCAGGAAGAAGCGGAGCGAUAACCGAGCAUGGGGUGAGCCCAGGACUAACGCCUCUGGGAAGGGCAGCUGGGGGCAGUGGCUCUGGCUCCCUCCCAUGCUCUCCUGGCUGGAAAUGCAGCGAAGCUGAGUUUCUGUCCGAUGAGUGGGAAGAUUCAUUUCACCUGAGAUGUAAGUCGUACUGCACAUGCAUUUCUUUUUCUCCAAAAAUUAAAUUGCUUUUGACAAU